AUGGGCCGGCGAGGUAGAAGGAAGAGGAGCCGACCCCCUAACAUACAGAUGCAAGGACAAGCAGCCAGUGCUGACAGAGAAGCGCCAGCAAAUCAUCCGGAAGAUGGAGCUAAGAUAAUUAAUGCAGGUGGUUAUGAGGGAGCAGAAGGAUGCCGUGAAGAUAGCUGCCAUUACCACGAGGGAUUUAAAACCUACACGUCGUUGCCAACGCAGUGGCAGGAUGAGAAUGCAGUGAUUCCAAUUACGAAAGAAGUUCUGCUGUCGCACAAUGCCAUCAUGUCAACAAGUUCAAGCAGCCCGCUGAAGAGUAAGAAACCGCAAGAGAAUAACAGCAGUGUCCCAGUCACCAGCCAGCCAGCCUCUACUGAUCCAGCAGCUGUCCCUAUGACUCAGGGAGGCAAGAGUGAAGACAAGGAGUGGAUCCCGGUCACCACACUGGGCCCCCUGGUUAAGGACACAAAGAUCAAGUCCCUGGAGGGGAUCUAUACCUUCUCCCUGCCCAUCAGAGAAUCUGAAAUCACGGACUCUUUCCCAGGCGCAUCCCUCAAGGAUGAGGUUUUGAAGAUCAGGCCUGCACAAAAGCAGAAUGCUGCCCAGCGGACCAGGUUCAAGACAUUUGUUGCCAGGGAUUACAGUGGACAUGUCGGGCUGGGUGUUAAGUGCUCCACGGUGGUAACCACUACCACCCAUGGGGCCACCAUCCUGGCUGAGCUUUCCAUGUGGCAAGCCUACCAGGGGAACAAGAUCAGCCCACCCAAUGCUGUCCCAGGCAAGGUGACCGGCUGCUAUGGGCUCUGCUGCGCUCCCAGGGGGCCUCACUGCGCUCCCAGAGGUAUGGUCUCAGCCUGUGUGCCCAAGAAGCUCCUGAUGAUGGCCGGUGCUGACAACUGCUACACUUCAGCCAGGGGCAGCACUGCCACAUGGGGCAACUUUGCCACGGCUAUCUUCAACGCCAUUUCCAAGACCUACAGCUGUGUCACCCCUGACCUCUGGAAAGAGACCAUGUUCACCAAGUCUCCCUAUCAGGGAUUCACCGACCAUCUUGUAAAGACCCACACCAGGCUGCUGCUGUGGCCACCACAUACAAGAAAAAUAAAGUGA